GCCACCCAGUCUAGACUAACUAGACUAAUCGGAAAUUAAGCUUCUAUAGACAUUGAUGAGCGAUACUGUCUGACAACGGCUCGAACUCGGCCCUUCUUGUGGCUGGGGGGACAAUAGGUAGCUAAGUUGUGCACCCGUGGUUGUGAUUUAGAAAAAAGAAAGGAAAAAAGAAAAAACAACAACCAUUGUUCACAGGUACAACCCAUCCCAUUUGUACCAUCUAUCUCGAAACCCAUGCGAAUCGAGGCCCCUCAGCACCACCUAUGUCUUUGUGCACAGAGUCCUGUCAGCGCGCUAGUACCUGUCGGUAAUCAUGUCCAGCCCCGGGGUUCCGUGGUUGCGCCACAUUUAAAGUGCGGGCCGCCACAGUUGCACAUACCGUGCUCACGGAACACCAAGACGCGUCGUCAACGUGGUCGCUUUUGAGCCAUGCGCGACUCGGUACAUCGAAGGUAUCAUUUCCAGUCUGGUCAUCACGGUGGCCUCUAAAAUGGAAGGCAACACCCCUGAUGGGCCGCAGCAAAAGUCGCUGUUGCUCUCGGGUGACGAAAAAAGGGUUCUGGAGCUCUAUGACAGAUUACAACAGCUGCAACUCGAGAUUGCACUCAUAACGGCACAGAAAGACCAUGUGUCUGACCAACGACAACCCCAGAGCAUUGAAUCCGCACAGAACGAUCUACUAGAGUCCAGGGCCAAAUAUGUGCUCCGCAACGAGGUAGUAGAGAGCGUCGUCAUGGCCAACCCGGUACUACAGGCCAUACAUGGAGGAGAAAAUGCUUCUCCCAUAGAGAGAGACUUGUUGCCGCUUCUCACAGAACGUGACACUGUUUCAAUCAGCCUGGCCCAGCAAUCCACCUUGGUGAGGCAAAUUACAGAUGAGAUAAUUGGCGUAGAGAGUCAAAGUCUGCAUCUGAGCAGCCAGAACGUCGAUCUAGCGACCCAAGUCUUAAGUCUGGCCGACGAGGCGAACAAGAACAAAACGGAGGCGAUCGAGUAUUCAGAACAUGCAGAUGAGAUCGCACAGCUGGAGAGAGACGUCAAGACGAGCAGGCAGCGCUGGAGGGUUAUGAAAGCAACUGCAAGUGCUAUCGUUGCCGGCAGUGGUGUGAAUUGGGCUGCUGAUCAAGAACUGAGGAACAUCGUGCUUGACGAGGAUGAUGAUGGAGUCUAAGAACGAAUCGACCUAGGUCGAAAGAAUAAUUCGUGAUGAUAUCCAUGAAAAUCAAGCCACCACUUACCUUGUGGAAUAUAACCUCAUUCGGAUCAUCCGUAGUCUGCGGUGUUAGUUGACCGCAACCCCCGAUAUUCAUGAUCGGUGCAAGCAUCUAAGCAUGACCAUCCAGGUCUUUCAGCGGCUGGCCCCGAAAGUUGCGAGAUGCUGCAAGUUUUUCAAGAACCGAGAACAGGAGUUCUCCUAGCAUCACCAACCGUAGACAAGAAUGGCCUCCAUCUAGGCCUGUCAGUCAACCACUCGGUGAUAUUCGGUACUGGCCUACAGAUGCAAAGCGCGACAACGAUGAGAACAUGCACCGAGACCGCGCAACGACAAGAGAAAUACACAAAUGGGUAUGCAGCGCUUCGC